UUCAAAACCACAAGAAAUUAAAAGUCCAAUACUAACCCAGCAGCUGCCCGCGAUGCACUUUCCUCCAAUUCCAAUCUUCUUGUAAUCGCCAAGUGAAUCUCAUCAAAGUUCAUACACUCCACCGUUUUUGAGUUGAGCAAGAGAGUAGCCAAGCCACUGGUGGUGGCAACUUGAUUGAUUACUAAUUUUCAGCGUUUGUAGUGAAAGUAAUAAUGGGGUGUUCCUCGUCAAAAAGAAUCGAGGCAGCCAUUGAUGUCUACCGUCCUCCUCCAACCAGCUUCGCAGUAUUCGACAUCAACGCCAUAGAGGAGCCAUGGAUGAAGGCCUUGGAAGCCCACCAGCAACAACAACAAUCCGACCACCCCGAUGAAAAAGAAAAACCGGCUCACACAGUCCCACCUCCGCUCCUUGAGAAGCUCAACGCCAUCGAAGAUGCUCCUCGUUCCUGGGACGAGGUCAGCAAAGCCCUCAACGACCUCAAGCCCACCUUGCACAACAACCCCACACCUCCCCCCACACAUCCUAAGCCCAUCCUCCUCCUUGCUGCCCCCAAAACUCCCCUCCUCCGCUCUCCAUCACCGCCCACUCCCGCUCCCGCCCCCAAUGAAAAGGAAAACGCCCCACGUAAGAGCUUCUCUUUCCACACACUGGAAGAACUGGACGCCAAGCUCUCCUCUAAAUCUAAGCCCGCUGCUGAUGAUGAUCAGCUGAUGCCAAAGAAAACGAGCGCUCCGGCAACAAAACCCGCCGUGGAGUUGAAGAAGCGCGAAUCAGGAAAGCAUCAAUCGUCAGAACCAGCAAAACCAGAAGCACCAGCAGGCUACAACUACAAGCCGGUUAAGGAGAACAUAUUCAUACUGAGAGACAAGUUGGAGAGGGAAAAGGAAGGCAAAGUCCCAAACAUUGCCAGGUUCAACCCCUUGAACGACUUCCCAGAGAUGUGCCCUCCGGGAGGAGAGGAGUCGGUGGUGAUCUACACGACAUCGUUGGGAGGAGUGAGGCGGACUUUCGAGGACUGCAACAAGGUGAGGUUGAUUAUGGAGUCUCACAGAUUCGUGUUCGACGAGCGGGACGUGUCGUUGCAUGGGGAGUUCUUGAAAGAGUUGAGGGAGCUGCUGGGGGAAGGGGUGAGCGUGCCGAGGAUGUUCGUGAAGGGGAGGUACGUGGGAGGGGUGGAUGAGGUGGUGAAUCUGAACGAGACGGGUCGACUCGGGAGGAUUCUGAAUUGGGCUCGAGUUGAGAGGGGGGUCGGGAGGCUUGGCUGUGAAGGGUGUGGAGGCGCAAGGUUUGUGCCGUGUUUGGAUUGUGGAGGAAGUUGUAAGGUUUUGGUCGGGGAUGAUAAGAAGGAGAAAGAGAGGUGUCCUUCUUGCAAUGAGAAUGGCUUGGUUCUCUGCCCAGCUUGUGCUUGAUGUUAAUUUUCUGGUUAUCAGUUUUUGGCUUCUUGGGUGUUGUUGUUGAUCAAUCUAUAGCUAGUGACUAAAUAUUUACGUACAGUCAACUUGAUUUUUCUUUAUGUAUGUAUGUAUGUUUGUUCUGAAGAUGGAGGCACUUACUAGUGAGUGAGUUACGGGUUCUAUCAAUGCAUGGUGUAAUUUUUUUUUUCAAUUUUCCUUUUCUUUAAUGCAAA